GGGGCAGGGCAGCCGCGCCCCCGGACACCCCCGAGCUCCCGGCGCGGCCCCGCCGCCGCCCCCGCGGCCGCUCCCCCCGCGCCCCCGCUGCCCCGGAGAUGCGCGGCCGCUGCGCGCCUGCGGAGGCGGCAUGGACGGAGCGGCGCAGCCCGAGGCGGACACGCUGGUGGAGCGGGGAGCGGGCGGCGCCCGCCGGGGCAACUGGUCUGGGAGUCUUAUUUUAGCCUCCUUAACUGGUGCUUUUGGGUCGUCUUUUCUUUAUGGUUACAAUCUGUCGGUGGUGAACGCUCCCGCCGGGUAUAUCAAGAAGUUUUACAAUGAAACCUGGGAGAGGAGGUAUGGCUUCUCAGUGGAUGAAGGCACGCUGACACUUCUCUGGUCCAUAACUGUUUCUAUUUUUGCCAUCGGUGGCCUUGUGGGUGCUAUUAUUGUUACUCCAAUUGUGAAGUUCUUUGGAAGGAAAUGCACGUUGGUGCUCAAUAACGUGUUUGCAGUGGCAGCUGCGUUGUUGAUGUCCCUGUCCUUGCUGGCAGGGUCGUUUGAAAUGCUCAUACUGGGCCGCAUUAUCAUGGGUGUUGAUGCAGGCAUUUCCUUAAGUGCUCUCCCCAUGUAUUUGAGUGAAAUAUCUCCUAAGGAAAUCCGUGGUUCAUUGGGUCAGGUCACAGCAAUUUUCAUUUGUAUUGGUGUUUUCACUGGUCAAGUUUUGGGCCUUCCAGAAAUAUUUGGGCAAGAAUCUCGGUGGCCUUUCUUGUUUGGAGCAAUCAUUGUUCCAUCAUUGAUACAAGUCGUGAUUCUGCCUUUUCUUCCUGAAAGUCCUCGGUACCUCCUCCUUGAAAAGCAUGACAGGAGCAAGGCAGAAAAAGCAUUUCAGAGAUUUCUUGGGAAAGAUGACGUGUCUCAUGAAAUAGAAGAAGUUUUGGCAGAGUCUCGAGUGCAAAGGAACACCAAGCUGGUGUCCAUUGUGCAGCUCCUGAGAACCCGCGCGGUGCGAUGGCAGAUCAUCACCGUGGUCGUCACCAUGGGCUGCUAUCAGCUCUGUGGGCUAAACGCUAUCUGGUACUACACAAACAACAUCUUUAGUGAAUCUGGGAUCAAUCAUGAGACAAUCCCUUAUGUUACACUAAGUACUGGCGCUGUUGAGACUCUGGCUGCUGUAUUUUCUGGUUUAGUUAUUGAGCGGCUUGGACGCAGGCCUCUCCUCAUUGGAGGUUUUGGGUUGAUGAUCGUCUUCUUCGCAGUACUCACUGUCUCCCUGACUCUACAGAGCUCUGUGCAUUGGCUUCCUUACCUCAGUAUAUUUUGUAUCCUUGCAAUCAUUGCAUCGUUCUGCAUUGGACCAGGUGGGAUUCCCUUUGUCCUCACUGGAGAGUUUUUCCAGCAGUCACAGAGGCCAGCCGCAUUCAUGAUAGCUGGGACAGUGAACUGGCUCUCCAACUUCGCUGUGGGACUGCUCUUCCCCUUCAUCCAGGCUGGUUUACAGACCUACUGCUUCCUAGUGUUUGCUGGCAUCUGCUUUGCAGGAGCGACCUACCUGUUUUUUGUCCUGCCUGAAACAAAAAAUAAGACAUUUCAUCAGAUCAGCCAAGCAUUUGCCAAAAGGAAUAAAGUAACCUUAGAAAUGCAAGAGAUGAACCACUAUCCAGGGGAGAGGAAACCAAGCGAAGAACAAGAAUCAAACUUCACAUCUUCAGUGGACAAUGGGGAAACCAAAAAAGGGAUUGUGUAAACCCAAGAUGCUCUUUCAGGGGAUGGGGGAAAGCAUGCUCUUUACAUUCAUAGUGGUACACAACUUGUAUAUUUUAUGAUCUCAUUAACUGCUUUCCCCCGAAAAUGUUCUGAGUGAGUAUGGGUGAACUCAUUAGCAGCUGGGGUCAUGGCAGAGACAGUGAGGGGUGGGAGGAGCAGCGACUGAUAAAAUAAAUGAGAUGGGGUUUCCUUGCACCUGUGAAGCAAAUGCUGUGGCAAAUGGGAUGGGAAAUACAGACUUGGAGCUGUGAAGUGGCAGUGGGAGCCAGGGUUUUGAGCAGCAGCUGGCUGAGCAUCCCUAUGUGCUCACAGGAAGGUGUGCGUGCUCUCUCCAAGAGGAGGAGGAGGAGGAGGAGGCAGGGACAAGGGAAGAGAUCCCAGUGGGGGUCUGCUGAGAAGCAAACCUGAAAUGGCACCAGAAUGUAUUUCCCCACAUUUUCCAAGAUGUCAUUCAAGCUGCCCAUGUGAACUGACAUGACAUUUCCUGCCGUCCCAUUCCUUUUCUAGCUAUUUUGACUUUCAGUUGCAUUGUUUGAACAUCUCCCACCUUCCCACAAAUGGGUAGCUCUGGGUCCUGAUGAGUUUCCUUGUCUCACUUGCAAAUCCUGAUUCAUUAGCAAUAAGCUGCCUCUAGUUUCUGGGUUUGCUGCCACUGCAUUUCUCUGAAGAUAAGUAUUUACAUAAUUUUAUUUUUUAAGAACAAACUUAGAGGCUUUAAUAUGAAAAGAAAACUAAACCUCAUGGUGAAGUGAGAAAACUGAUGGUAUGUGUAGGGCAUAGUAUUGAAACAAAAAUUCAAACAUGAAGUGUUCCAAGGGUUGGGGUUUUUGAUUUUUUUUGUUUGCUUAUUCUUUUUCUUUUCAAAUUCCUUUUAAAACAAGUCUUAGGAGCCCAGAUUCCCCUGAGACCUGAUAACUUCUUAACACUCAGGCACCCUAAUUCCUACGCAGGGAUCUAUUUCUUACUUAAACACUAAUUUUUAUUCGGGCAUUAGAUUCUGAAGCACCAGGCCUAGUUCACAUUAAGUUGUCUAAAGCUUUGUAAAAUUGCUUGAUUUCAUAAGAGAAAGACUCAGCAGGCUCUCAGUGGUUCAGUGAACAAUUAAUGGGACUUUUUUUCUUAAUGAACGUCAUCUUUACAGUUUGUAAUUUUGAUAACAGUUUCGCUUGAUCCCUCAAGGUACCUGGAUGUUGAGUAAUAAUAAGAAUUUUAAAAUUAAAUAGCUGUUUUAUUUGAAAAGUCAGUAAGUCUUUGAGCUGCUCUCAGGAGUAAGACAGAAGAAGAAAGUGCAGUAUAUAGGUAGAGUCAAUAAGUUAUAUUUACUAAUCUAGAAAUUCAUGCAUUUGGAGCAUUUUUGCGAGAAAAUUUGCACAUAUAUUCAUAUAUGUGUUCAUACAUGAAUAUAUACAUUCCAAGUAUAGAUAUAUAUUAAUAUCCAAUGGCUUAAUACUAGUGGCUUCAAGGUGAAAGAGGAUAGAUAGAGAGUGUAUAUUAGGAAGAAAUUCUUUUCUGUGAGGGUGAUGAGAUGCUGGAAGAGGUUGCCCAGAGAAGCUGUGGCUGCCCCAUCCCUGUAACUGUUCAAGUCCAGAUUGGAUGGGGCUUUGAGCAACCUGGUCUAGUGGAAGGUGUCCUUGCCUAUGGUGGGGUAUUGGAACAAGAUGAUCUUUAAGGUGCCUUCCAACCUAGGCUAUUCUAUGAUUCUGUGAUUUAUAGUCAUAUAUAUACACAUACCAUGGAUCAUUAUCUUCCGGUGUCUGCAGGGGAGGGGGCGAGUGUUGGUUUGUAUUUCUACGAGAGAUAAGCUGGUUGCUUUUUUUUUGUUCUACAUUGUAAAUUAUUCUGUAAAUUAAAAUCAGAGAUCCUAAUAUUCAGCUGUUACUACUAAUUUGUGUAUAUAGUUUUAUACUGUGAUUUAUUUGUAUGUGGCAUAUUUACCACAGACAUUGUAAAGUGACCUAAUAGGGCAAUUUCAUUACUAGGUAAUUGACAAAAAAUUGAUGGCUGCUUUUAUGCCAGACUUCAUGGUUGGUGGUUUUUUUUACUGGGAUAGAGGUACAGCAGUAAGAAAAUGAAAUAUAUAUGAGAAGGAGAAUUAAGAACAAAAAAUUAAAAAUGUAUGAGUUUGGUGCUACUAUUAAGAAAGACAGCGAAGCAGGAUUAUACCAACUGACAGUCAUAAAUGGAAGCUAAUCAAAUACUGUGGAGAAAACUGAAGAAAAAUAUUAUUUUCAUAACCACUUGUAAAAUUAUAUAUACAGCAAAUGAAAAUAUUACCUUUCAGUGCCUUUAGUUCCCUAUGCCAAGGGUCACAUGAGGCUUGCUAAGUGAAUGGCUAUGUAAACAUUGAGUGCAAAUGUCAGCCCAGAAAAUUUUAUGAAAAAUUUCUUCCUUUUUUGCCUGCAGGGUGAGACUGGCAAAUUUUGACCCUGUCCUUCAGACUGGGAAUUACUUAAGAAUUACUUAACUACUUUGUAGUUAGGACUAUUAACAUGGUAUGAUGAGAUCUGAUUUGAGCCAAGGUGACAAGAUUGGAAACCAAUACCACUAGAAUGAGAAGAAUUUAGCACUUAGUGUUGUUCAUUAAUGUACAUUAUAGACACUGUUGAAAAUGUUACCAUUGGAUAACUUCAAUUAAAUAUCCUGCUGACCUGAUACAGCAGUUGUAUCAGAAAUCAGGACUUCUGCAACAAAAUAAAAUCAUCUUCUAUUUGCCUACAGUUGCAUUUGGAGCCCAGCUCAGAAUGCAUAGGUAGAGAUGUCUUGAUAGAAUUUCCUAUCACAGCUCAGGGGCCUUGUACAGCAUUAGCAGCAAGGGGUCAUGUUUUCAUUUCUGUAAUCCCUUUUGCCCUCCUCUUGUCUUACCUGAGAUGGGCACACACUCUCUGUGUGGCUGCAAAGAGCUGCUGCGGACUGGGUACGGUGUGGGGCUGGAGUUCCAUAUCUCACCAGAUUUUUGUUGCCAUCCAUGGUCAAAGCAAUUCCAGGCCAGGCUAGUGCUUUUUUUCACUGGCCGGGGAAGUGUCCUCUGCUUGGGCUGUGGAAGUUUCAGAUGUGCCAGUAAUUCAUUAACUUUCUGGUUUCUAACCCUAAUGAGAAGUUUGUUUUCUUGGAGUUCUGUAAAGAUUUUUUCCAUUUUUACACUGUUAUAAUUUCUCCAGCAAUGAGAGGACAGCAUGGAGAAUAUCAGCAAUUUAUCAUUUAUUUUUUAUUGUUUAAUGUAUUAAACUGUCUAGAGCCUGUGUGCUUGUCAGCCAGUGUUUUGUGGUGCCACAUUCCCUUUUCUUGUCUGCCACUGGGGUGAGGUACUGUGAGGUGGUUGUAUGGGUAUCACAAGUCUGUGUGAUCAACUAUGUCCAUGCACAGUGACUGAAAAAUAAACCUUUGGAAUAAAAUUUGAAAUUAUGUGGGUUUUGUUCUGGGUAAAUUUGAAUCUCCGCACAUGCAUGUGUUUCAAAUCCCUGGGGUUUUGUAUGUCCCAGUACAAGACUGUUCAGUCCUGUGUCUGGAUGACUCAAGUCAUUGUGAACUCUGCAGAUGGGUGGUUGGGAAUUAUGGGAAGAAAAUUGUCCCUAAAACUGUAUAUUUUUUUAAGCUUUAUAUUUUGAUUCUCAAAUCAGAUUCCACACUUCAUUCUUUCAUAUGUUUAUACAGGGCUUUAGAAAUAAAAAUGCAGACAACAGUACGAAGAAAAUUAUUAAAACUGGCUAGUGGUAGUAAUAACAGUUUAUAAGAACUGUUUAAACUGGUGAGGCUUUUUACAGAAAGUUGUCAUUUGCAAUGGAUGAGUUUGAGUUGCUACAGCUCUACUUUUUGAGGAGAAGUUCAGUCAAGUGACUAUUUCUGCUACAAGAAUAUGCAAAAACUGAAUCUGAAAUAUGUAUAAAAAGUUGAAUUUCAUACUUCAGGUUUUGAAGCCAAUUUUCUCUCCACAAGGAUCUGCUUUCUAGUGGGGGAAGAUGUGAGUAAUAAUCCAUAUGGGAUAAUUUUCAUCUUCAGAGUAAAAAAAAAAAAGUAAUAAAAGAAAA